UAUCCAACAAAUUCUUAAUAUAAAUACUCCAUACAACAUUACAGAUAUAUACUUGCUAAAUCUAGUGCUAAAGUUCAAUAUAACAGCUUCUAACUAAGGUACCCGAGUUCCCCAGAUGGCUUCAAAUGGAGAAACCAAAGUGAGUAAUAGCCUUUACGAUGAAACCAAAGUGGUGGUGGUUAUGAUCCCUUUCCCCGCACAAGGCCAUCUGAACCAGCUUCUGCACCUCGCAUACCUCCUCUCCUCACACAACAUACCAGUCCACUAUGUUGGCACACAAACUCACAUUCGCCAAGCCACACUUCGUGACUCCAACAACUCCAUUGCUUCAUCAAACAUUAAUUUCCAUCACUUUGAGGUUCCUCCCUUUGUGUCCCCUCCUCCAAACCCUAACAACAAUGCAAGCACCGAUUUCCCAUCUCACAUGAUUCCUUCCUUUGAGGCUUGUUCCCACCUCAGAAAGCCUGUGGAGAAGCUUCUCCAAUCCCUCUCAUCUCAAGCCAAGAGGGUCGUAGUCAUCCAUGACUCCCUCAUGGCAUCGGUUGCACAAGAUGCCACACACAUGGAGAAUGUUGAGAACUACACUUUCCACAGUGUAUGUGCCUUCACCACCUUUACUUUCUUUUGGGAGAGAAUGGGAAUGUUCUCACUUGAAGGGUUUCAUGUGAAAGUCCCACAAGUGAUUCCUUCUUUGGAAGGAUGCUUCACAACCCAAUUCUUGGACUUCCUUAUUGCACAAAGUGAGUUCCUCAAAUUCAAUGAUGGCAACAUCUAUAACACAAGUAGGGUGAUUGAGGGUGAUUACAUUAAGUUGAUGGAGGGGAUUAGUGCUAGUAGUGGCAAGAAGGUUUGGGCUUUGGGCCCAUUCAACCCUUUAGCCAUUGAGAAGAAAGGUUCAAAAGGAACGCACCCAUGCAUUGAGUGGCUUGAUAAACAAGAGCCAAAUUCAGUCGUAUAUGUGUCUUUUGGGACCACAACAACUUUCACAGUGGAGCAAAUCCACGAGAUUGCAACUGGAUUGGAACAAAGCAAGAAAAAGUUCAUCUGGGUGGUGAGAGAUGCUGAUAAAGGAGACAUCUUUGAUGGAAGUGAAACAAAAAGGCAUGAACUUCCAAAAGGGUUUGAAGAGAGAGUUGAAGGCAUGGGGCUAGUUGUGAGGGAUUGGGCACCCCAAUUGGAAAUUCUUAGCCACUCUUCAAUUGGGGGGUUUAUGAGUCAUUGUGGAUGGAACUCUUGCUUAGAGAGCUUAACUAUGGGGGUGCCAAUAGCAGCAUGGCCUAUGCACUCUGACCAACCAAGAAACACAGUUUUAGUGACCGAGGUGCUCAAGGUUGGUUUGGUUGUGAAGGAUUGGGCACAAAGGAAUGCGUUGGUUAGUGCUUCGAUUGUUGAGAAUGCUGUGAGAAGGUUGAUGGGAACAAAGGAAGGUGAUGAGAUGCGAGAGAGAGCAAUGAGUCUUAAAAAUGCCAUUCAUAGGUCCAUGGGUGAAGGUGGAGUUUCUCGCAAGGAAAGGGAUUCUUUCAUUGAUCAUAUCUUUAGAUAGUUUUAUCAAUUCAUAUUAGUGUGGUUCCUACUUGUUAAAUCUUCCAGAAUUUAAUCGCUCAUAAAGUUAAUGUAAAAUGGGUUUGGCAUGAAAAUGCAUUCAUGUGUCUCAUUCUUGAGUUGAGACAUUAUGUUAAAACUGUGCUUUUGUAACUGAAAUAUAGUUAUUAUUAUUUUUAUUAAGCAUUAACAGAGUCAAU